AUGAAUAUUGUCGCUUCUACCCAUGAUCAUGAUCCCACGAAGGCUGGGCCGUACACGUUGACCUUCCGAGUCACGACCAGCCUGCAAGAUGAACUCGACGGCUUCGUUCGAUACAACCGAUUAGGGCUCUUUCAGAAGGCUCAGGAAAUUUAUGAGGAUGUUCUGGAUCAUCAGUUCGACACGCUAUUCCCUGUCACAGCGGAACUGGCCGACUCGCUGCUCGAGCAAGGAGACUUCCGCCGUCUCGCCGCAUUACUAGAGGGCAGGCUCCGCCAAGCGACAGAACUUGGAUAUGACGAUGAUCAAGUCGGCCUCCUUCGACUUUUGAAGGCACUGGUAGACCUUCACCGUCAUGGAGAUCUACGCAACUCCUUGGAAGUGGCCCGGUCGUGGCGAGAGGCAGCCACAGCCUCUAUGAGCCCGGACACACUCUCUAUCGUCGAUGUGAGCAUGCCAUGGCAGCCCCUAACUUCUACGGCGUAUAUAUUGACUUUGCAGAAACUUUCCCUUGUCGCCUAUCUUCGCAUUAUCACUAUCGCGUUUCAAACGUCGAACUGGCUUCGGCCGCAAGAUAUGCAGCCACCCUGGGCAAGCAAUGGCACACAGCCCUGGUCAGGUUUCUACGAACUGUUCGGAGCGAUGAGUGCGGACCCGGACAACGCCUGGAAUGCGAGGAACAUUUUCCGACCGUUGGCUACCUCGCUCACCCCAGGGAUGGUAGAUGUGUUGUACUCAAAGUGGCGUUCCAAAAGGGAGCAAGCAGCCGCUGAGAACGAAGAAAGUCUUCUAGCAGACCUAUCCAUCACAACAACUUACGCCCGCCAGCUCAUUGCUAGUGUCCGUGGAAACCCAGACCACAGGUCUCGCGAUCGUAUUAGUGACCUGAUUAGCACUUCUCAAGGGCUCAUGAGUCAAUUGACAACCCUCGUGGAAGAAGUCGACGACGUCACGGAUGUUCGGAUGCAGCCGGCCCUGAACUUGGACCUGGCCGAGGCCGAGAAAGAAAUCGCCGAAUACUCGAACCGGCCCCCGUGGACCUACAAAUCUUUUCGAGACAAAUGCAAACAAUUAUGGCUGUUGGCCCGCAAGAAUCACGACUUUGUCACGCAAAGGGAUUCGAUCCGUCUACACCAGUCGAUGACGGAUGUGAAAAUAAAGUCUCUCAUCGACAAUGAUCUUCGUGUGAUCUUUUCAGGCCGAGCCGAAAAUAUGUUGGAGUACGUCAAGGAUAUGACUCACACGAUCCUCUCCGUUUUCCAAGUGGUUAUGAGAUCGGCCUCGUCGCCGCCCCCAGAAGAGCAAGGGACAAACUUGGAUGCGGCGGCCAAGGAAGAUCUCAAGAGCAAAUUUUCGCUUUUAUUGAACCGAGCGUGGGCCAUUGAGAUUUUUGAAGUGUGGCUAGAUUCGAAUACAAUGACAACACCGCUGGUACUGUUCAUGGGGUCCGUUGUUCGCCUCAUACUCGCUGAGUUGGCGGACGAAAGGUUGGGGCUUGCGAAUGCACAGGAAAGAAUCCUCAAGUUCUCACAAGACAUACAGUGGCCGCUGCACCGCAUGGUGGACACUGGUUACCUUGGGGGAGUACAACUUCUCGUACAAAAUGGCGCGCCACUAAACGCAAAAGACGACUGGGAAACCACUCCCUUGAUGAAGGCGAGAGAGGGUCAAGAUAUUGCCAUGGUUGGCUUGCUGCUCAGUUCUGGUGCCGAUAUCAACGCCGAGAAUAUCACUACGACAUUGAGCUGGGCUGCUACAAAAGGGGGCGAGGAGGUUGUGAGGGUGCUACUUGACAGGGGUGCCGAAGUCGACUCUGUGGAUAUAAAUGGCCGCACGCCACUAAGUCACGCUGCCGAACAAGGACACUGGCGGGCUGUAAAGGUGCUCCUCGAUAAAGGUGCCAACAUCGAAGCAAAGGAUAAGGACGGCUGUACGCCACUGAGCCUCGCCGCCAGACGAGGAUACAACGAGGUUGUGAGGCUAUUCCUCGAUAAAGGUGCCAACAUCGAAGCAAAGGAUAAGGACGGCUGUACGCCGCUGAGCCGCGCUGCUAAACAAGGAUCCUGGGCAGUUGUGACACAGUUCGUCGAUAAAGGUGCCAACGUCGAAUCGAAGGAUAGCGAUGGCUAUACGCCACUUGGCCAUGCUGCUAGCCAAGGAUGCGGAGAGAUUGUCAGGCUACUCCUCGACCAUGGUGCCGAUGUCAAUUCAAAGAAUGGCAACGGUAUGACAGCGCUAUCGUUAGCUACUGAGAAGGGGUACGACAAGUUGGUUAAACUGCUGCUCAACCGUGGCGCCCACAGCGACACAUAG